UUCUUAAGGAAUUUAAGUCAUUUCUUUCCUGGAAUUUUGGUUUUGCUGUGGGGAUUUUAGAUGCAAUCUUCUGGUUACCUUCCCACUUGGAUCUCUGCCCUUUUUGCCUGCAUGGGAGCAGAGGUUGUUUUGGGUGCUUCGCGAAACCUUCACUGAUUACUGCGGUGGAUGAUCCGACACAAGGACUAAGGGUUCAGGGCCAGAAAAUGAAGAGAUCUAGCUUUUCUGAUGAUUUCUGGAAUAGCAGUGCAUGCGAAAUGGAGCAUAGAGGAGUCCAGUCCCAGAGAAGAAUGUCAUCGAACAACGCAUCGAAUCUUGAUCCUUCUGGCAGCACAAGUCAACAUUCUGAAUUUGUAAAUCAUGGCCUUCUUCUCUGGUACCAAACAAGGCAACAAUGGCUCGGAAAUAAGAGGCCUGAGAAACGGGUGCAACCUCGAGAAACCACGAUAAAUUGGAAUACAAUCUACGAGAGUUUGCAAGGCGAUCAUAAGCCAUUCCCUCACCCGAUUCCGCUUCCCGAAAUGGUGGAUUUUCUAGUUGGUAUUUGGGAGCAAGAGGGCUUGUGAACUUAAGCUGGAUGAUGCACAAAGAGUUACAAGAUUAGAAAGGAAAUAUUUUUCGAUUUUCAAUUGAAUUGUCCACGUCUCUUACUUUCUGUUGUAUUGUUCUU